CGGACAGUCACACAUUAGGAACAUGAGUUGGAUUUUAGGAUUUUCGAUCAUCUCUCUGAGUCUGAUAUCAGUCGUGGGGGCACAAUGUUACGAUUGUAACUAUUUACCCGGAACAAAUGGUGGAUUCCCUGCAUGUGGGCUUGCAACGGCUGCAGACACCGCUCUCGUAUCACAAGUUACGUGCUCAUCAAAUAGAUGUUUCAUUCGUCAGGAUUCUAAUGGAUUUAUAUACCGCGGUUGUGGCGACGUUUCGCAUCUUCCAUUUGGUGCAAACACCGCGCUCCAAUGUGCCACCCAGGCCGGUUCUGUGUGGUAUUUCUGCACAGGGGCACUUUGUAACUCUGGCCAGUUCACUACAGUUUGCCCAACUUCUUCGACCAUAUCGGCCCCAGCUACUGUUGCACCAACUACAGUUGUUCCUGUAACCGUUGCGACAACUGUCGCCACAUCCGUGAAUUGCUACGACUGCACAUUCCAUCCAUACAGCUACAGCGGGUACGUGCAUCAUCAGACUCCUUCUGCGUGCGCAGCUCCUAGCACUGUCAAUGGCGUUGCUCAGACGCCCUGCUCCGAAGGACGUUGUUUCGUUCGUCGUGACGCAAACGGGGAUAUUUACCGUGGAUGUGGCAAUGUCGCCAACCUUCCAUUCGGGGCAAACGUCAACCUACAAUGCGCCACACAAGCGGGGUCAGUUUGGUAUUUCUGUUCCAGCAACCUCUGCAACAGUGUUAGUCUCUCCUCAGUUUGUCCCACCACCAGUCAUGUGAGUCACACGCAUCACAGUCAUCAUCAUGGACAUAGCCACGGACACAACAGCCAUGUCCACUCGCACCAUGCCCAUGCGCCUAGUUACCCGACGCACCAACAUUCACACGCAACAUACAACAACCAUCAUCACCAUCAACAUGCGCACGCACACAGCAAUACGCAUGCGCAUGGAACAUUCAACAACCACUAUCACCAUUCACAUUCCCAUAGUAACGUAGUACACGCUCCAGCACCUGCACACACAAGCAAUACUGGUAUAAUAUACGUCAACGGAGGGACUUACCCGAACCUUGCCAAUUACGUCGGACUUCCAACACAUGGACAGUCAUUCGUCGGCCAUGGGAGUCAAGCAAGCCAUUCGCAUUCUAUCCCGAGCAGCAAUGGAAUCGUUCAUGUGCCCGCUGGUCAAACAUACCCCAAUCUCGCCAAUUACGUCGCCGCCCCUGCCCACAACCAACCAGUUUUUGGACAUGGGAAGAAAUAAGACUCUAUCACGGCAACAUUUUUAAUGUUUCAUGGUGGAAGGACUGCUUUUCAAAUCAUGAUCAUGUCCCGAGUCAAUUCCUCACGACAUGAUAAAUUAGAAAACCAAAUACCAUAAAUAUUUGCCUGAGAGUAAAUAAGUGUGACAUUACGUGAAUCUUGAUUCAUAAUUUUUUGACUUGAGGAAUGACGGUCCAUCACAAAACCAUACUUUAUAAUACAGUAUUGAUUUUUUAUCUAUAUAUUGUAGACUAUAUAAAAAAUUAAAUAUAUCCAU